CUACAAUCUAAUCUGUAAUCAUUAGUAUUAAUUCAAACAGGCGAAUCACUUGGCAAUUCAAACAUUAUAUUUAAUAUUUAUUUAUUUACAUAAAACAAUUUCAAAUAUAAAUAUGGCUGUAUUAAGAGACACAGAUUUGGAAAAUCCAAUGAACUACGUGGGGGCCGUUGUAUUUUUCUGCGGAAUUUGCUGCAUCAUAUUGCUGUUUAAAUUCAAGGGAUUUAAGGCGAGGAUAAAUUUUUCGGCACACGAGGAUAAUAUCCCCACACCGGGCACUGGUAUAUACAGAACAAAUAGAGAAGAAUUCUUUGGAUAUGGAAGUUUACCAGAGCCACCUAAACGAGUAACACCAUCAAAAGUAAAUCCCCCUACAAGCAACGAAGCCACAUCUUCGUUAAGGCCAUCAAAAAGUACAAGCGACCUAAUUGAAUCGAAAAAUUAUUUAGCACAAUUGAACAAAAGCAUGUCUGAAGUGUCCUUAGAUCCUAGAGGACCAAAUUAUAAUAUGGAAUCUCGGAAUCCAAUUCCAAGUAGUUCAAAAACAGUAGAAAAACAUGAAAAAGAUGUCAAAAAACAAGAUGCAAAGAAAAAAGAAAAAGAUGCAAAGAAACAAGAAAAAGAUGCAAAGAAACAAGAAAAAGAUGCAAAGAAACAAGAAAAAGAUGCAAAGAAACAAGAAAAAGAUGCAAAGAAACAUGAAAAGGAAUUGAAGAAACAAGGAAAAGAAACGAAAAAACAAGAAAAGGAAAAGAAGAAAAUUGAGAAACAACAACUAGCUGAACAGAAAACGCAAGAAGUAGCUCAAGCUAAACUAGAGCAAGAACAAAAGAAACAAGAGAAAUUCAAGAAGGCAAAAAGUGAACAAGUGGCUCAAAAUACAAAAGCUCAUAAAAAAGUAAAAAGAACGCCCACUAUUACAGACUCGCCUAAACCGAACAUAGAAGUUAGAAGACCAACAAUGCCGCCAAUUACUAACACUGUAGAAAGUGAUAUACCACAGACUAGUGGCCCGCCGCCUUAUUCCGAAGUACCUCAACCGAUAGUCCUUAGAAAUGAUAGGGAUAAUACUGGGAAUACAAGUUUCAGCAAACCAAUAAGCAAUACAACAAGCAGUUGGGAUAUGAUAUCACAGCAUAGACAACAAAUUGCUAGACCGUCAGUGAGUACCAGACCGAGUACGAUUAACCGUAAACAAGUAGUGAUGGAUUUAAAUUAUAAAAUUGAGAAUAACGACGACGAUUUAGACAAUAGUGAAGCGUGACAUCUAAUUAAUAAGUGUAAAGUCUUUAAGUUGUGUAAGAAAAAUGCUUAACUGUGUAUAACUGUGUGUGAACAAUAAGUGCUAAUAGAAAGUUGUAUAAUUGUAUAAGAUACAAAAAUACUUUAAAAAUCAAAGUGUUCUCGAGUUUUCCAAAGCAUUCUAAAUUUAAAAUAUUUUUUUCUGAUUAUGACAUAAUUAUGUGGGACUAUCAUAUAUUAUUUUCUAUUUUAAUGUAAGUGCACAAAAUUUUUAAUAAUUUGGUAUUUAUUUUAAUCUAAUAAGAAAUUUGAUUAGAUAUGUAAGAAAUAAAAAUACAAGAUUAUCAGAACAUAAUUAAGGAAAAUAUUAUAUGAUUAGAUAGAACAACAUAACAAUUAAAGAAUAACAAGAGCCCGCAGGUUCGCGUACGAGUAUUAAUAAAUUCGUUUUGAUGACAGUUUUACUUUAUUAUCAGGGAACCACUUCGUAACUUUAUAUCUUACGUAUUAGACAGACAGAUAAAAUACUUAGUAUUUAUCCAGAUUAUAAACAAAAUAUACAUAUCAUGGUUGACUCAGGUUUAUUAAAUUUUAUUAUACCUAAAUGUUGGUCAAGGCAACAUGGUAAUGAAUUUUCCUGUAAAUAAACUUAAGUAUCGUACGUACAUUUUCAACCGACUCCAUACAGACCAAAUAUUAUUUUUUAAGUAGUAAUAAUUGUCUGACGUAAGAAAAAAACAGGCUGUAUAUCAGUAUAAUUCGAGUUCAUAUUGACUCGCAAUGUUAACCGAACAACAAUAAAUAAUGAAUAUAAUUACUA